AUGUAUAACAACUAUGAUCUUCGAGGCCCAACACUACUCUCCGUUGCUACUGCUGUUGCUUUAUCUCGGGCGAAACGUGCGGCCUAUGAACUUCCAUCUGGAUCCGAGUUUAUUGUUGGAGCAAUCAAAACUACCUUCUCCUGUGUUGGUCUUCACUCGGGGUACUACGCUGAUGUUGACAACAACUGUCUGAUCUUCCACAUCUGCCACCCACAAACUCUCCCUGACGGAACCGUAGAAGUUGGACAUUGGAGCUUCUUCUGUGGUAACCAGACCGUCUUCAACCAGAUGAGCUUCACCUGUGCUUUCCCAGAGGAGGCCGUGCCUUGUAGAAACGCUCCUGAUUUCUACUAUCUUAACAACAACAUCGGGAAUGAGAAUGCUCCCUUCCUGACAGACGAUGACGUAGCUAGAGCUUAUGCAGCCAUCAGAUCACAGUAA